AUGUGUGUGUACACACGCACCCACACUGCGCGUCUGGUGGACCCCCCGCCCAACCCUGCGCGGGCUGGGCGUGCACAAGCGAAGCUGCAGAAGCUCUCUGAUGUCUCUGACCUCGUCGUCGUCGUCGUCGCCGUCGCCGUCCCAUGUGCGCUGGGCCUUGGUGUCAUUGACUGCUGCUGCUACUACUACUACUGCUACUGCUGUUGCUGCUACUCUCUGCCUCUGGCCUCUCGUCCACCUCCCCCCCACUCCACUCCAAUCCACUCCUCCCCCCCUUGUCAUCACCACCAUCACCACCACCACCAUCAAACACCACCCUUACCAGCCCUAAUAUUACUCCCAUCACCUCCACCAUCACCUCCACCUCCACCACUACCCGACCCCCUCGGCAGCGCGUGUGCCUGA